AUGAGGACAACGUUGCUGUUGGCAGCCGCCUGCCUGCUGGCGCUGGGUGACAGGUGUCUGGGGGCCAGGAUCCUGGCAGCGGUGCCCACCCCCUCCAUCAGCCACCAGCUGCCACUGAGGACGGUGCUGCUGGAACUGGCCAGGCGGGGCCACCAGGUCACCUUCAUCACGACCCACCCAGUUCACGCUACCAUUGCAAACUACACUGAGGUCGACCUUUCAGAGAGUUAUAGAAACUUCAUAGAAAAUUUUGACCUCAAUGAACUGCCCGAUGCAACGUCUCCUGUGGCAUUUUUUCAAAUGCUUCUUGACGGGGCGAGAUAUGGCUGCCAGUUUCAGUUUGGUUUGACACUUAUGAAAGAGUUCUUGAAAUUGGAGCAGAAGUAUGAUGUGUUCAUUAUAGAGAAAUUCGGCUUCACUUGCUAUUAUGGCCUAGCGCACAAAUUGGGAUCUCCACCGUUAAUUGGAUACACUUCUCUUGGAGCUACGUCACUUAUUCGGAAGACCUUCGGCAGUCCAAUUAAUCCUUCUUAUAUUCCUGACUACAAUCUUGGAUACACGGACCACAUGACCUUCUGGCAAAGAUUGUACAACGCUUACAUUUUAUUGCGGUCGCUGGACAUUGGACAGAGAGUUUUGUAUGCAAGAGAGGAAGAGGAACUCAGGAAGUAUUCUGGUCCGAACCCACCUACCCUGAGGGAAAUAGAUCACAAUUUCAGCCUCAUGUUGGUCAACAAUCACUUCAGCGUGAGCUAUCCUGUGCCGAACACGCCAAAUAUCGUCGAAUUAACUGGACUCCACAUCCAGAAGGAGAGGAAGCCGCUGCCAAAGGAUGUGGGAGAUUUCCUGGACGGCGCGAGGGACGGCGUGGUUUACUUCAGCCUAGGCUCCAAUGUGCGGAGCACCGCCAUGCCUCCAGAGAGAGUCCGCGCCUUCCUGGACGCAUUCGCUGGAAUCCCGCAGCGCGUGCUCUGGAAAUGGGAAGCUGAUCGACUGCCCGGUCGGCCCGGCAACGUGAUGACCGCCAAGUGGCUGCCGCAGCAGGACGUGCUGGCUCAUCCGAACGUACGUCUCUUCAUCACUCAGGGAGGACUACAGAGUUGGAACGAGGCAGCUUAUUUCUCUGUGCCCGUCAUUGGGAUUCCUUUCCUAGGAGACCAGAUUUACAAUGUCGAAAAGAUGGUCGGCUUAGGCGUUGGACGAAGGCUGGAUUUAGAAGACGUCACGAAAGACAGUGUGAUGGAAGCCAUACAGACAGUUCUCGAAGACAAGAGCUACCAGGAGAACAUGAAGCGCUUCUCCGCCAUCUACCGGGAGCACCAGAGCACGUCCCUGGAGAGGGCGGUGUGGUGGGUGGAGUACGUGAUCCGCCACCAGGGGGCCCCCCACCUGCGCAGCGCUGCCCUCGACCUGCACUGGUGGCAGCUGCUGCUGCUCGACGUCAUUGCCUUCAUACUGGCUGUGGGAGCCACGGUGGCGCUUGUCCUCUACAAGCUGAGUCGGUGGCUCUUUUCGUGGCUCACUCGACCCAGCAAACUAAAGAAACACAGAAUAACUGCGCCGAUUCCAUAUGGACCAGGUUACGAUAUAUAUUUUUCCAAACUGUCAGAAGGGAGCGUACAUGGGAGCAUGCCUACUGGAAGCCCGUACAACUCAGCAUAUUUUCAGAAAUUAUACAUAAUAUUACUCAUUUGGCUUCUAUGUACUACAUCCCAUAUAUGCAAAGUUCAAUCGACGUACACUUUUAAACUUUUUAAAAUGAACAGAGAUGUGAGGGACUUCCUAGACAGCGCCAGGGACGGCGUAGUUUACUUCAGCCUGGGCUCCAACGUGCAGAGCAGCGCCAUGCCUCCAGAGACAGUCCGCGCCUUCCUGGACGCUUUCGCUGGAAUCCCGCAGCGCGUGCUCUGGAAAUGGGAAGCUGAUGGACUGCCCGGUCAGCUCGGCAACGUGAUGACCGCCAAGUGGCUGCCGCAGCAGGACGUGCUGGGUGAGUGCGCGGACGCCGUCCGCUGCAACGGCCCGCUGGGCUGCCGAGCCUACCAGGAGAACAUGAAGCGCUUCUCUGUUGUGUACCGCGAGCACCAGGGCACGCCCCUGCAGAGGGCGGUGUGGUGGGUGGAGUACGUGAUCCGCCACCAAGGGGCCCCCCACCUGCGCAGCGCAGCCCUCGACCUGCACUGGUGGCAGCUGCUGCUGCUCGACGUCAUUGCCUUCAUACUGGCUGUGGCGGCCGUGGCGGCGUUUGUGCUCUAG